CCUUUUUCCCUUCCUCUUUUCUCUCUCUUUGCCUCGUACGUGUGUAUAUCUCUGUAUUCUUUUUCUUUGUUCAUUAUUGUUCAAUUUGAAAUUUCAACAUUUUAAUACAUUUACCAAAGCCGCCUAAAGUAGAAAUUAAACAGUCUAAAAGCUAAUUAAGCAAAACAAAUACCUUGUCAUUUUCCAGCAUCAGUAACUAUAUACUCUUCAUCGUAAAUACAUUCAAUGUCAAACUCUAAGCGACAUACAGAUUCAAGCAGCAGUCCUAUUCAAAAUCACAGUCCAGAUCAACCUUACUAUUCAUUGGACUUAUUUUAUGCAGAAUUACUAUCAAAACAAUUUAAAUCAAGUGUGGAAGCUAUUGCCUACUGCCGAGAGCUUUGUUCAAAUUAUGGUUUUACUGUCAAACAGGAACAAAGCACACACAAGAACAUUUACGUUUACUGCUCUCGUGAAGGCUUACCAGACUCACACCGUAACCCCAAGUCAAAUCCACAACGCAAUCGUCCCAGUCAACGGUGCGAGUGUCGCUGGCGCAUUGUCCUUUACGAAAAUAACCAGAUGAUAUGGGAGUUUCGUAAAUCUCAAAAUGCGGAUGCAUUUAUUCACAAUCACCCACUGAUGAAGCCAGAGGAGAUCAAGAAAGAGUGGCCGAGAGAAGUAUCAGAGAUGAUCUUUGCGCUUGCACGUCAGCGACUACCUACACACGAAAUCCGACAACAGGUGCGCGAGCAGUAUCCAAAUAUUAGCUGGGACGAUAGACGGUUCUAUAACCGGUUAUCAGAGGAACGACAAAAGAUGAAGCAGAGGGAUGCAGCAAUGCGUACGUCGCGUUUAGUGAAUCUGAGCGCACAGUUGUGUAUGCUGAAUGCAGGCAGUGAAGAUUUAUCACAUUAUAUCGAAAGCAAGCUGACCGCGUUGUUGGAAGAAACGUGUCGUUUUGCCAACUUGAAUCCUGACGAACUGCAUUUGCCAUUGCCGUUUCCACCUGAUGACCAGCAAAAGCAGGAUACACAUAGCUGCAGUAUCAGCAGUGAUAGCAACGAAGAUACAACUGUUAAAAAGGAAAAGGAAUCCAAUGAACCCAUUUUGAAAAAAUCAAGCAUAAGUUCAAAAAAAUCAUUCGAAUCUUUACCCAAAGGAUACCUUGCUGUCACCAUACCUCAGCAUACAUUUCACAUCAAGAUGUAUAGCCAAAAUUCCACAGGUGAUAUCAGGCGUGCUAUUUUUGAAAACAAGCCGUUGAACAGAAGGCGAUCAAGGUUUACUUCUGAAGAGGAGGAACUGAUGGAUUUAGAUUCUCCUGCAAGAAAGCUGUCCAGAAACCUUGCUGCCAUAGGGGAUGAUGAAAUAGACAGCGCCUUGUCCUCGCCUUCUUCACCUUCAGGUUCACAACAGAACCUUGUCUUUCCUUCUACCCAUCAGUAUCACCACCACCAUCAGCAAAAAGAAUACAAUAGUAAUAAUAACGAUAGUAAUAAUUUAUUUUUUAAUAGCCCAAUAUCUACUACUCAUACAACUGUUUCCACCUCCACCACCACAACAACAGCAAGUACAAAUACUGCACCUGCUAUUCAUGCCAUCAAUAAUAGUAUAACCGCUAAUGCUCCAAUAAUGUAUCAUGCUAUUCAGGAUCCAAUCUAUGACCCUUCUUUUAUGCAAUCCGAUCUUGGAGGCAUUGUUCAACAACAACAACAACAACAACAACAACAACCUCAUUCUAGGUUAAUACAAAGACCCCAUUCGAUGACGUUUCCUAUGAGACCACCAGCGUUUGUUAGGAUACCAUCUGAUGCUAUGAUUCGACCCAACGCCAAUCAUCCUGCGGCUGCCACUCCCCCUCCUACUACCACUGCCGCUACAACUGCUGCCACCACGACUGCCACUGCUACCAACACAUUACCUUACUACCCAAACAUGCCUCUUGAUGGAAACAAGAGACCAUUUUACCCUUCCGAUAAUAGACAAAUGAUGAUGGCUUUUCCACAAGAUACGUCAAUGAUGAUGAAUCAGCAAGAUAACAAUCUAUCCAUUGACCAGCUGAUUCAAAUGGAACGAAAUAGACAGCAAUUCAUACAGCAACAGCAGUAUCGUAGAUCGAGUGGUCCUCAUUAAAUAAAAGACGUC